UAUUUGCCAGUAGCAUUCACUGUUCCAAAUAUGCCUUCCUGAAACUUGCAGCCAUGUUGGGUUGCUGGGCCGUUUUCUUUGCAGCUCAAUCUCUCUCCGUAUCAGCGCAAGACGUUGAUGUGGAAGGUGAUGCCUUGUUGGACGAUCUAGCUGCUUUGAAACAAGAACUUCGCGCUCUUCGAUUGGAGUUGAAACCAGCUCUCAUGGGUCGCCAACUUCAGAAUGAAGCUUUUAGUUCCUCUUAUUUUUUUGCAGAGGUGGAAGAUUUGAAAGCACAGGACAAGGAAAUCCAAAGCUCCUUGGACACGAUCUGGAUCCUUUGCUGCUGUUUCGUGGCAUCGUUGAUGCAUGCAGGCUUUGCCAUGUUGGAGACAGGCUCCUGCAGAGCACGCAAUGCUUCAAACCUUCUCUUGAAGAAUGUGAUGAAUAUGUGUGUCGGUACCCUAGGUUGGUGGUUGUUUGGAUGGGCUUUCGCAUUUGGAGAACUUCGUGGUGGCUUCUUGGGAACGACAGGCUUUGCUGGUUCCGAUUUCCUGCUAGCCAAUGACAAGGGUAUCAGUGCAGGUCAGAGCUGCGCAGAUGGCAGUUGUGUAAGCCGGCUCGUCCAAUGCUUUUUCCAGUGGAUCUUUUGCACAACUUGUGUCACCAUUGUCAGUGGUGGAGUUGCAGAAAGAGCCAAGACAGGCAGCUAUAUGUGGUAUUCCUUGCUGAUGACAUCCAUCAUCUACCCCUGUGUGGUGGCAUGGACCUGGGGUGGUGGUUGGCUUUCCACCUUUCAAGGUGUUGGAUUCACAGACUUCGCUGGAUCCAUGGUGGUCCACAUGACCGGUGGCAUUGGUGCUUUGAGCGGAGUUAUUGUUUUGGGGCCUCGGAAAGGUCGUUUUGAGGAUCCAAAAGCCUUUGAGCCACACAGCUUGCCUCUAGUUGUGUUGGGAACGCUGAUCUUGUGGUUUGGCUGGCUGGGAUUCAACGCUGGCUCGACCUUAUCACUUCACAGCAAGGAUUCUGCUGCACUAGCCGCCCAAGUGGCAAUGAACACUGUUCUGGCAGGAUCCUCUGGUGGCCUCACCGUCUUCCUGCUUCGUUUAGUAAUAUCGAGAAAAUAUGAUGUGUGCGGCUUGUGCAAUGGCAUCUUGGCUGGCUUGGUCUCAAUAACUGCUGGAUGUGGAAACAUGACUUGCUCCAGUGCCAUUCUUGCGUGCUUCAUUGGCGGGUGCGUCUACCAAGCAUUUUCCAUGCUCCUGAUCAAGUUCCAGAUCGACGACCCGUUGGAUGCUAGCUCAGUGCAUGGUGCAUGCGGCUUCUGGGGCGGUCUUGCUGCAGUGCUCUUUGACUGGGGCCAUUCAGAGAACCAUUUCCAUGGAAGCAAUGGUUGGAACUGCAAGGUCUCGGCAGGCUCAGGCGCAGGAGUUUGUGAAGAGGAUCUCUUUGGAACUGCUUUAUUGGCACAGCUGGUGUGUUUGCUGGUCAUCGUGGCAUGGGUGUUGGCUUGUUCUAUGAUUGUGUUCAUCAUCUUGUCGCUUCUGGGACAGAUUCGAAUCACACAGAAAACGGAAGAGACUGGAGUUGACGAAGAGCAGCAUGUACAGACCGCCUAUGCGAUUUAGAGCCGAAUCAGUCUCGGCCAGCGGCCAAGAACCGAUGACCCGUGUCACCCAUGGAACAUGCUAGCAACAUGGUUUGCAGCACAGUGACAUCACAGUGACACUGCGUAAAUAGCAUCAGGUCACAAUCAGGUCAAAUGUCAUUUGUUUGCUUCGAAGAAGCCUCUAAGCAUUUGUACCUUUACAGACCCGAGACUGUCCAACCAAUGGAAUGGAAC